AUGUCAAAGGAUCUUGGCCCAGCCCUAGAGAAGGGGAUCUGGGCCGCGGUGAUCAUCGCCGCGGUGAUCGUGAUUUUACGUGUCUUUGCUAAAAUUAAAAUCAAACGGUUUGGCUUCGACGAUGCCUUGAUGAUUCUUGCCGAGCUUCUGGCGAUCGCUUCAACCGUCUUCUUGACCUUGUGCGUGAGACAUGGGUUUGGAAAGGACCUGACAACCCUCCCCACGGUUGAUCAGGAAUUGGUCUUGAAGUACAUUGCCAUUCAGGUCCCCAUUGUCACCUUCAGUACGACGUUCGCGCGCUCUGCAUUCAUUCUUUACAUUGUUCCGCUGCUCGGUACCAACAAGAUCUACCAGGGCUUGCUAUGGACCUUUAUGAUCAUCCAGCUCGCGGGCAACAUUACCUCCGCGGUGCUUCCCUUGAGUAUCUGUCGCAAUGUGGCGGCUCUGUGGGAUAAACAGGCCGCUCUUUCAACCACUUGCGGUGAUUCCAGCGCCAUCAUCAAGUUUGCGUACUUCUCCAACACCUUCAAUUCGGCCACCGAUCUGUUCUUAGCCGUAUUCCCGGCGAUCGUGUUCUGGAACCUCAACCUGAAGCUCCGCAUCAAAGUCAGUCUGAUCGUUCUACUCAGUCUGGGUAUUGUUGCAAUGAUCGCAUCUAUCAUCAAGACAACCAAACUCGAUUCAAUCCCCAGUAUCACCAAUAUCGGAGCCACCGGUGGCCUUGAGCUCAUCCGCUGGGGAUACAUCGAAAACACCAUCAUUAUUAUCACUUCCUCCAUUCCUUGCAUUCGACCCUUGCUCAUUUCCUCCGUCCGCAAGAUCUCCAGCGGCAAGUUCUCGCGCUCCUACGAACUCAGCGGUCCUUUUACCGGUCGCAAAACCAACAAAACCAACCCCAACGAGACCAACCAGUCGCGACGCACGCGCAGGUUCAAGUCUGAUCUGGAAAAUGGGAGUGUUGACUACAUUCUCAACCAAAGCGCGCACACCAGCACCAGCGUCGGCGGCCACCCGGACUCUCCUACCCUCGACGGUACUGGAAUUACGAAGCAGGUCGAGAUUUCUGUUUUCUCCGACGAAGAGCAGCUACCACAGUCCGUGAGGCAGCUUUGA